AUGCCUCCCAGUAGUCCCCACAAUCCCAUGGCAUCUCCCCAUGUUCAAGUCACUGGUCUCCCUCAUCCUGACGACUCGGCAUUAUGGCCUGUAGUGUCGGCACCCGCACCUCUGGCGAGGGGACGACAUGCGAGGGAUGCUUUGGCCAAAGUGGUACCACACACAGUGACCUCGACGUCGCAUUUCCAAUCCUCGUUGCAAGACUAUCUUAGCAGCCCUCCAGAGGACCCCGAGCACACAGAGGCGCACUUUUCCUUCUGGAUAGGCACCACCUUCACGGUGCCGCCGCCCGCCUCGACCACCUCAACCACGUCAGAAUCGCAGGCGCAGGCACAGACUCAGCAAGCGUCCGAGUCCACCCCGCAUCAACAUGCGCAUGCGCCGCCCGGCUACCAACCUGCCCACUAUGGCGGUUCCGUCCAAUAUCAGCAUCUGGCAGACGCUGCUGGCGCCCUCGCACCUGCCUUCUCAGAGUCGAUCGAGCCGAACAAUGGAGCAGGCCCAGGCUCCAAGGACGAGCACAAGGUCAGCUCGACCGUGUACGAUGCGCUGCAGCCAACGUCAGACCCCAAGGAGAAGAUGCGUAAGCAGAGAGCCAUUGCAAAGUGCUGCGUCGACAUGAUACAGCGCAUUGACGGCUACCGCUACAGCUUCCACAACUGCUGGAAUAGCAGAGAAGAUGACAGCUUCCGCUUCUCCUACUACUGCAACGACUCGCUGCUCAACAAGGACCGCGCCGCCAACGGCAAGGGCGCAAAGCUGGGAAAACGCGCCACUAAGCCCGUCUACGACUGCAAGGGCGUUCUGUCCAUCAAGUUCUCAGCUGCCAAACAGACGCUCGACGUCAUCUACAAGCAUGUGCCCAUACACAAGACGUACGAAGAGCGCGCCCCGCCGCCACGCAAAGACUCGAAGCGCCGAAAGUAUCUUGAGGAGAAUGACCCCGAGGCUCUCGUCAGGCUCGCGAGCCGAUCGCGUCAGCUCAGCAGUGAGGACCCAGACACACCCAGGCCGAAGCGGAAGAAGUCGCAGCCCCCUUCGCUCCCGCUGCCAGUACCGGAACCCCCGAGACAGUCCAAUACCUCACUUGAAAGCGAUCUGAGAGCGCAGAGCCUUCGGUCCCUGCUGGAGCUGAUACAAGUAGAUACACCUGCCCAAACAGCGUCAGCUCCCCUAGAGCCUCCACCUCCACCUCCGCCUCCGCCCCCUCCUCAAAGACCCGCUUCCGCGCCUCGGCCAACACUGCAUGUUGAAACCGAACUAUCGCCAAACCAGCAGAGAAGACGACCCAGAACCAGCUGUGAUGCCUGCAAGACGAAGAAGACAAAGUGUGAUGGUACGAGACCAAUAUGCCAGAAAUGUCUCGAGAAGAAUCGAUCAUGCGUCUAUCCUGAUCCCUCCAACGGCGAUGAUCAGCACCAACGUACCGAAUUCUCCGACUCGAUACGCCAGGCUGAUCAAGCCGGGAACGAUGAGGUUUCUGAGCUUGAGCAGCUAAAGAGAGAGUUGGAGGAAGCCAGAGCCAAGAUACGGGAGUUUGAAACUGGAGAGCGAGCUUCGACCACUCCAGUGCAGACGCCGCAGCAAGCAUACAUGCAACGCCAACCGCAGCGCGUGCAUAUCAAUACCCAAUCUUUACAGCAGGCUCAGGUCCAACAGCAAGCUCGACAUCAUUCGCAGGCUCAUGGCCCUCAGCAGCAGCAACAGGAGCAACAACAGUGCCAACCGUCAAUACCAAAUCACCGUCAACAACUUCAGCAGCUUAAUCAGGGCCCAUCACGCAGUCUCAGUAGCCCACAGCAGCAGCUGGCAUACAAGCUGGGUAGUCAAUCACCUAAGCAGCGUCUACAGAACAACAUACCACAGCCGCAGCAGCAACAGCAACAGCAACAGCAACAGCACCAGCACCAGCAGAUUGGAUCUCCACAGCCCUCCUUGAGCACGCAGCAGCAGCUCCAAGCCGCCGCAGCUCAACAAAUGCAAAGUACGCAGCUACAGAAGCAACAAAACUAUUUCACAACAAACCACGCCAACCACUCUCCAUACCGCACAAUGAGCCGAUCCAUGCCACAAAACAAUCAUUCCGUCAACACCAUGACAGGUCAAAACACGCUUAUGACGCAAAGCCCCAUAUCCACACAGAACGCACAAGUCCCUCAAACGCAACAGGCUCAAUCUACUUCUCAGAUACAUCAGGCAAGUAGUGGCAUGUCGCCUACGGCUCCUUCAAUGGAUGCUUCGGAUCCGUAUGCCCGGGCUGACUUUGCUUGGCCGACUGUGGCAUACUAUGGGUACCAGACGACACCGCAACCACAGCAGCAGCAGCAGCAACAACAACAACAACAACAACAACAGCAACAGCAAGAUCAAUGGGCUACAGCACGUGGGUCAAGCGUAUUUAGGUGAUGCCUUGGCUACAACGUACCUUGAUGGAUAAGCAAUGAGUGGCCAGUGUCUCAAUUGCCGUUCUUGUAUCAUGUUCUAUCUACACAUAUCCAUCUACCUUGUUUUUACCUCUGGAAGCUGAAAGGCGCUGGCGUUUUUGUUUCCCUCUUCUCUUCUAACAGCAAGGUAAAUCAUAUACACUAGAUACCCCAGGAUACAUUACUUGAUAUAUGCAAUUGGUAA